GUUCGCUCUCUCUUUUUACUUAUCCACAAUGUCUGGUGCUGCUAAGGCUUCCAAGGCUGCGGCCAAGCUCCUCAAGAAGGAGGAGAACGUCAACCUCGGCCCCCAGGUCCGCGAGGGCGAGCUCGUUUUCGGCGUCGCACACAUCUAUGCCUCGUUCAACGACACCUUCGUGCACGUUACCGAUCUGUCUGGCCGCGAAACCAUCGUCCGCGUCACUGGCGGCAUGAAGGUCAAGGCUGACCGCGAUGAGUCCUCCCCCUACGCUGCUAUGCUCGCCGCUCAGGACGUCGCUGCCCGCUGCAAGGAGCUCGGCGUCACUGCCCUUCACAUCAAGCUCCGGGCUACCGGUGGCAACGGCACCAAGACCCCCGGCCCUGGCGCACAAUCGGCCCUCCGCGCUCUUGCCCGCGCUGGCAUGAAGCUUGGCCGCAUUGAGGAUGUUACCCCCAUCCCCACAGACAGCACCCGUCGCAAGGGUGGUCGCCGUGGUCGCCGUCUGUAAACCGCGAGUGGGAGCCCUCCCUUCUCUCACUCUGGUUUUGCAGGUGUUUGCCUCGGUUUUUUGUUUUCUUCGCCCUCCGCCCCACUCCACUUCUGCAGCAUGUUCCGGGUUUUGCUGUCGAUAUGUUCCCGCCCUCACGAUAUGACGUUGUUUUGUUGAAAAGCCAACAAGUUGGAAGACAAAUACAAUGUUUUCAAUCUUUA